AUGGAAGCUCCGACAGCAUUAUCUUCCAGGCCACAUACGAGGAUCUGGGGCUGGAGGAAAGCGUUAACUCGGAGGAUAACCCCACUCAUAGGAUUCAGCGUGGAAGUCAAGCAGACUGACGGAGAGGUGACCUUCCCGGUAUACACUGAAGGGAUCAACAUGUCAACCAAGUUCCUUAUCGUUGACUACGAUUCAUCCUACAACAUGAUCCUGGGAUGGCCCUGGAUUCAUGUCAUGGGAGCCGUCCCUCUGACUCUUCACCAGAUGGUGAAAUUCCCUACACCCUUUGGCAUAAGAGAAAUCAGAGGGGACCAGGAGUAUUCCCGCUCCUGCUACCAGACUACUUUGAAGGGAAAGACUAAGACAUGCCUGGGAUCGAUCCGGAGAUCAUCAUGCACAAGCUGCAGGUGGAUCCCCUACAUCAACCCGUUAGACAAAAGAGGAGAAAGUUUUCCCCAGAGAGGGACGCAAUCAUCAACGAAGAGGUCCGGCGCAGGGUUUAUUCGCAAGGUACAAUAUCCAGAAUUGCUAGCCAACGUGGUCGUAGUCAAAAAGAAGAACGAGAAGUGGAGAGUCCGCAUAGACUUCACAUACCUCAACAAGUCCUGCCCGAAGGACCCCUUUCCUCUGCCUCACAUCGACAAGCUGGUCGACACUACAGCCGGACAUCAACUGAUGAGCUUCAUGGACGCGUUCUCCGGCUAUAAUCAGAUAUUCAUGCAUUCGGAGGACCAAGAGAAGACGUCCUUCAUGACAUCCAGAGGGAUCUAUUGCUACAAAGUCAUGCCCUUUGGCUUAAAGAAAGCGGGAUCACCCUACCAACGGUUGGUGAACAUGAUUUUUGCGGACCAGAGAGGGCGAACCAGGAGGUCUACAUCGAGGACAUGCUGGUCAAAUCCCUAG